UCCCGGCGCGGCGGGCUCGGAGCAUGGCGGUGCCGCGGCUCCUGCGGGCAGCAGCCCCCCGGCUCUACAGCAGCAUCGCGGCCCUGGCCCCGGCGCCCAGCCCGGCCCAGCCCCGCGCCGCGGAUGAGAAGCUGCUCUCCGGGCCCCUCGCGCACCCCGACUUCUUCAACGUGAAGGAGCUCUUCUCCCUGAAAGAUCUCUUCGAUGCGCGGGUGCACCUGGGGCACAAGAAGGGAUGUCGGCAUCGGUUCAUGGAGCCCUACAUCUUCGGCUGCCGCCUGGACCAGGACAUCAUCGACCUGGACCAGACGAUGGAGCACCUGCAGCUCGCCCUCAACUUCACCGCGCACAUCGCCUACCGCAAGGGCAUCAUCCUCUUCAUCAGCCGCAAGCGCCAGUUCUGCCACUUGGUGGAGAGCACGGCGCGGGCCUGCGGGGAGUACGCGCACACGCGGUACUGGCAGGGCGGGCUGCUCACCAACGCGCACAUCCAGUUCGGCGCCGGCGUGCGCCUGCCCGACCUCAUCAUCUUCCUCAGCAGCCUCAACAACGUCUUCCAGCCGCACGUGGCCAUCCGGGACGCGGCCAAGAUGAACAUCCCCACGGUGGGGGUGGUGGACACGAACUGCAACCCCUGCUUGAUCACGUACCCCAUCCCAGGCAAUGACGACAGCCCCAGUGCCAUGGAGCUGUACUGCAAGCUCUUCAGGAUGACCAUCAUCCGCGCCAAGGACAAGAGGCGGCACAGCGAGGCCGUGCGUGAGCUGCAGAGGAAAGCGGAGGGCAAUUAGAGCCUGUGGGAUGGUGCCCAGCGGGGUGGUGAUGGGCGUCCUGCACCCGGAGCACAGGAUUUUGGCAGGGCUCUGGUGCUGUGCAGAGGCCCCGCAGUGAUCCCAGCUCAAACAGAAAUGGUCCAGAGCGAUGUGAGGGGGUGGGAGCCAGACCAGGGCCAGCUCCUGUCCGUGUGUGUCCCUAUUGCACGGAGGCACC